AGGGGCUGAGAUCACGCGGGAUUUGCGGAGGAGUGUGGCCAAGGCCCGAGAUCACGCGGGAUUUGCGGAGGAGUGUGGCCAAGGCCCGAGAUCACGCGGGAUUUGCGGAGGAGUGUGGCCAAGGCCCGAGAUCACGCGGGAUUUGCGGAGGAGAGUGGCCAAGGUCCGAGAUCACGCGGGAUUUGGGGCGAGCCGUGGGGGAGGGGCGACGCGAGAGCCCGCGCUUCAGGAAUCGCGGAGUUUCCGGGCAGGUCUCGCGAGAUCUCCCCGAGGGGGUGGAGCCCGGGGCUGUCAUGGGCGCCUCCACCGCUUGAGCGGCUCGUGCUCUCGGAACCUUGGGAGGCACCCACGCUCCGGGGAUGCCCGCGUCACCGGGGCGCGUCGGCCGCUGCAGCACCCGCCGGAGCAGACCCGUCCCCGGCCGCGCUCCCCGCCGCCCGCCCAGCUGAGCGCCCGGGCGAUGGAGGCAGAGACACUCGCUGACGCUGCCGGUGUGGCCGAUCCAGGCGGGGGAGCCGCUGGGUCCCCGGAGCCGCCCCCCAAGCUGGCCCGGCAGAACGGCUCCCCCGGGGGCGAGGCGCCGGGGGCGGGAUCCGCGCCGCAGGAGGACGCGGGUGGGGAGCCGGCUGCUGGAGAGGGGCUGGCGGAAGCAGGGACCGAAGUGGCGGAGGACGGGGGACAGGAACCCGAGUGGGAGGACGAGUACUACCUGCCGGGCUACGAGUUCCUGGGGCCCCCCAAACUGCUGACGGGCGCCUGGGGCGAGUACGGGCGCCUGCCGGAGAACUUCCUCAAGGGCUGCAAGUGGGCCCCCGACGGCUCCUGUCUCCUGACCAACAGCGCCGACAACACCCUGCGAAUUUACAACCUGCCCCCCGAGCUGUACGGCCAGGAGUGGGGGGCCGUGGCCGAGAUGAGCCCCGUGCUGCGAAUGGCCGAGGGAGACACAGUCUACGACUACUGCUGGUUCCCGCUGAUGAGCUCCGCCGAGCCGCCCACCUGCUUCUUUGCCAGCAGCAGCCGGGACAACCCCGUCCACGUGUGGGACGCUUUCUGCGGGGACCUGCGAGCCACCUUCCGUAGCUACAACCACCUGGACGAGCUGACGGCUGCUCACUCCCUCUGCUUCACCCCCGACGGCUCCCAGCUGUUCUGCGGGUUUGAUAAGACCGUGCGGGUGUUCGAGACGGAGCGCCCGGGCCGGGUAUGCGAGAGCCGCCCCACCUUUGUGAAGAAACAGGGGCAGAGCGGCAUCAUCUCCUGCAUCGCCUUCAGCCCGGCCCAGCCCCUCUACGCCUGCGCCUCCUACUCCCGGACGGUGGGGCUGUACUCGCGGGCCGAGGGCACGGCCCUGGCCAUGCUGCAGGGCCACCGGGGCGGCGUCACCCACGCCCUCUUCUCCCCCGACGGCACCCGGCUCUUCACCGGCGGGCGCAAGGACCCCGAGAUCCUGUGCUGGGACCUGCGGCAGCCGGGCCGGGUGCUGUUCUCCAUGCGCCGCUCCGUAGCCACCAACCAGCGCCUCUACUUCGACCUCGAGCCGAGCGGCCGGUUCCUGCUGAGCGGUACCACGGAGGGGCUGCUCUCGGUGUGGGACACGGCUCAGCCCCCGACCGGAGACCCCGAGCCGGUGCUGGACCCCCUGCUGCAAUUCCAGGCCCUGCGGGACUGCGUCAACGGGAUCAGCCUGCACCCCAGCCUGCCCUUGCUGGCCAGCGCCUCCGGCCAGCGCGAGUUCCCAGCGCCCUGGGACAGCGGCGAGGAGGACGAGGAAGGGGGGCCCGGGCCCCCCCCGCGCCCGGCCCGCGGCCAGAACUGCCUGCAGCUGUGGUGGUGUGGGGAGAGCGGGGGGCACCCCCCCGCCCCGUGACGCCGCUGCCCGCCCGAACUGGGUGGCCACCGGGGGGGGGGCUG